AUGACUUCAGCCGGUUUCAACGGAAAAUCUGAUUGGGAAAAGCUAGCGCGUGGAAAAGUAUAUUUGUGGACCAAGGAUGAGGACAAUUUUUUGUGGAAUGAAUGUAAGCAGUUUGCAGUAGAUGGCAUACCCGGGCAGGUGAAGGAAGAAGAAUUUGAAGGAGUGGUUGCUGCUUUCAGGCUAGAACAGAGAAAACAUCGAGAGAAUGACAGCUGGCCACCUAGAUCGUUAGCGACUGUAUCGAUGUUGCAAAGAAGAUACUAUAAAUUAAGCGCAGUGGCAAGAGCACAUGGAGGGGACCCUUUCUGGGAAGGCAAUAACGGUUACAAGCCAACGCGCAUACCUAUCAUACCGGGCACAGAAAGAGGAGCAUCGAGGGAUAUUAAUGAAGGGGAUAACCAAUAUGACAACAGCUUCGAGGAGAGUAUGGACUCAAGCAAUUACCCUAUGUCCCCCCCUGUGGAUGCACCAUUCGCCAAUACUUAUUCCGAAGAACAAUAUCGACAAGGUGAUAGGUAG